UUGUGUGCGUGACGUCGCUGCUGCCACGCCCACAUACACACAUACACAAUGGCAGCCACAGUCUACAAGCGUCUACAACAUGCCAGCGGGGUAGGAGGAGGAGGGGGUGGAGGUGGCCUGCUCAGUUCCAGCACAUCGCCAGCUGGAAUUGGACUGGGGGUGGGUGGGGGAGGUGUCGCCUCACCAAUGCUUGGACAGUCGCAGCUGACGCGAUCACUGGAACGCAUCCUGGAAGAAGCGCAUUUUAGCGGUGAAUUAAUAUUGACCAAUCGCAAGCUGAAAGAUUUACACACGGGCAGCAAAUAUGGAUUAACGGAUACCGUUAUUGCAGAUCUGUCCCGAAAUAGAUUCUGUGAACUGCCCGAGGAGAUAACAACAUUUGCUUUCCUGGAGACACUGAUGCUCUAUCACAACACGAUACGCAGCAUACCCGAAUCGGUGAAGCAGCUGUCAUCGCUUACCUAUUUGGAUUUGCGUAGCAAUCAGUUGACUACAUUGCCACGUGAGAUUUGUUUUUUGCCGUUGCAAGUGUUGCUUGUGUCCAAUAAUCGACUGGCCUCGUUGCCCGAUGAAUUGGGUCGCUUGGAUCAGACACUCACCGAUCUGGAUGCAUCCUACAAUCAGCUGAGUGCGUUGCCAGUGCGCCUGGGGGAAUUGCGCACUCUGCGCUCCCUUUCGCUGCGCAGCAAUCAGCUGCUCUACUUGCCCCGGGAAGUGACCUGCCUCAGUCUCGUCUCGCUGGAUGUGAGCAACAAUCGAAUUGCGGGUCUUCCACUCGAGAUUCGCCACAUGAGCACCCUCGUCGAACUGCAGCUGGAGAACAAUCCUCUCACCUCGCCACCAGCAAGCCUCUGCAUGCGGGGACUGGUGCACGUGUUCAAGUUUCUGGAGACGCAGGCGACCAAAGAUGAGAAGGGCUCUCGGGUCGGUGGCAAUUACGAUGGCUACACAACGUUGCGACGUGCACCACGCCACAAUUCGAGUGGCAACAUGCUGGAAACUUCGACCAGUCAGCGGCAUGCGGCACGCCAUCAAAUCGACUCCGGUUACAGCACCAGUGAUGGUCUGGACAAGCGUUGGUCUCACGAUGUGCCCGGCAAAUCGAAGACUGACUCGCCCAUGCACUGUGCAACGCUACCACGUGCAUUGCCCUCCAGCACCAAUAGUCAAUCACAUCAACAACUGUUGCCGCUAAGUAGUGAUCUGAUGGAUGCAUCGCUCACCUCCAGCACCAGCACCAUUGUCGAUGAGAGUCUGACUUUAAGUGCGGGCAUCUCGCCCGUAGCAUCGCCCUACAAACAAUCUACUUCAUCAUCGCACAACAACAUCAGCUACGCCCACUCGAACAGCUCGAGCAACAGCUCAUCACCGGAUCAGGAUGAGGAUCUGAUGCUGGACCAUCAGGAGCGCAGCGUUCACGGCAGCAAUGGCAAGCUGAACAAGAGUCUCAACAACAUUCAGACCUACAAGGAGUACAAGGAUGCGUUGAAGCAGCAGCGUAAUCAGGAAAUUAGCAGCGUCUACAAGCAGAAGCAUCCCAAUGCCAACACGAGUCCCAAUGAGGAGGAGUUGCCGCCACGUUGUCUCAGCAACGGCAGCUCAACCGCCACGUUGCCCAAGUCAAUUAUGAAGCAGCCGAGCAGCAAUGGGCACAACGGCAAUGGCAAUGGCAAUGGAAAUGGCAUCGAUGAUGUGGUUAUACCAAAGAAACCCAUACAGAAAGUGAUCCCAUCACGCAACACAGAACUGAUGUCAACGUUGGCCUUAAAAUCGCCAGUCGCCUCAGAAACAAAUGGCGCCCAUUGUGUGGGCUAUGUAAAACCGCAUAGUCCACUGAAAAAUGGCGUCGGAAUUGGAGUUGGAGUCGGAGUCUUGACCAACAGCAACAAUAAUGGCAGCGGCAGCAGCAAGUUUAAUACGUCCAAUGGCAGUGGUGCAGGUGGUGGUGCAGUGGGUGGCUCUGGCUUGAUAAAGUCACCAGUGAGUGCCACGAGUAAAUUGGGCAAUGUGAAAACCCAUCGCACAGUCACCUGGAAUCAUGAUAUACCUGCCGAGAAGCUUAGUUUCACAAUGCGACGCGAAUUCGAUCGUCAACGCGAAGAAACCGAACUCAUGUCACAGCUGAGAAGUAUCAUUGAGACGCGUUUGAAGAUGACGCUGCCCGAGGAUAUUGCAUCGGCACUCACCGACGGCGUCAUACUCUGUCAUUUGGCCAACUAUGUGCGCCCUCGCUCGGUGGCCAGCAUUCAUGUGCCAUCGCCCGGUGUGAACAAAUUGUCCAUGGCACGGUGUCGUCGCAAUGUGGAUAAUUUUCUGGAGGCCUGUCGUCGCAUUGGUGUGGAUGAGGAGUUGAUUUGCUACUGUGCCGAUGUUGUGCCACAACAACACCAAGAGCAACGCGCUGACGAUGACUAUGAUGCUGAUGUCUAUGUUGCUGACAGCAGCAGCAGCAGUAGCAACAGUUGCAACGGGCAUGGGAACGACAGCAACAACAGUAACAGCAGCAGCAACAUUGAGCGAAGACAGUUGCCAAAUGCUGUGGCUUUAUUGCGAACGGUGGCUGCUUUAAUUGCGUUGGAUGCGAAUCCACAUCAUCAGCAGCAGCAUGUGCGCUGUCUGCAGCAGCAGGAGCAAUUGCAACUAAAGCUGCAACAGUUGCAACAACAGCAGCAACAGUUUUCGUCGUCCAAAUUCAACUCCUGCAGCCAACAGCCAGAACAGAUGUUGCAAUUAGCUAAUGUAUUUAUUGGGCAUGAUAAUAAUGUUGAUGCUGAUGUUGAUGAUGAUGAUGUGGCAGCAACAAGCCAACCACAACAGCAACAGUUGCCACCACAGCAGCAGCAGCAACCACUUGCCACAGUUGGUCAACUUCUGCGCAGUGCCAAAUUGAAAACUUUUGAUAAAAUCAAAAAGAAUCUUUUGUUAAAUGGCCACCAAAGUUUUCAAUUGCACCACAGCAACAACAACAGCAGCAGCAGCAACAACAACAACAAUCGCUGCUCAACACUGCAAACAAUUAUUGAGAGCGAACACGAUGUGGCAUCAGCUGGACCAGCUGGACAUUAUCACCUGAUAGACGAAAAGCAGCAGCAGCAACAGUUGCAACAGCAGCAACAGUUGCAACAGCAGCACCAGCAGCAGCAACAAUUGCAGCCAAAGGACUUGCCCACAAUUAAACCUUUGGCCAAGCGCAUUGAGUUCUUUGAGCAGCAGCCACAACUGGAGGUCUUUAGCAUCUAUCAACAGCCGCAGCAACAGUUGCAGUUGCCACAGCAACAGUUGCCGCCACAUAAGCUGCAACAGCAGGAACACGAAGCUGGCAAUUUGUCGUUGCUCAAACACGACUCUCAUACGCUGACCAUCAUUUUGUCCUGCGUCUUCAUUGCCAGCUUUUUGUGGCUGAUGCUUUUCCCAUUGCCCGGUUAGCACCUUGUGACAGCGACAACAGCUACAGUUGCUGCAACAGCAGAAGGAGCUGGCCAGAAACAAGUCACAACUGAAGCUCUUUGGCAUCUGUCAACAACAGCAGCAGGAGCAACAUUUGGAACAACAGUAGCAGCAGCAGCUGCCAAAGGAGUCGCCUACAAUCAAGCGACAACUGGAGGUCUUUAGUUGCUAUCAAUAGCAGUAGCAAUGGUUGCAGUUGACACAGCAGCCACAGCAACAUCUAUCAGCAGCAGCAACAGUUGCGCUACAGCAGACAAAGGAAUUGGUCAGCAACAAACUGCUAGCCAAGUUCUUCGAUCAGCAGCGACAAAUGCAGUUCCCCAGCAGCUAUCAACAGCAGCAGCAACAGUUGCAGCAGGAACAACAGCAGCCAAAGUAGCUGGUUACAAUGAAGCCACAGCUUUUUAGCAGCUGUCAACAGCAGCAGCAACAUCAGCAGCAACAGUUGGUGACAUCUUUUCAGCUCUUCCCAGUGCCUGGCUGACAAUUUGUAGCAGCAACAACAAGAACAUCUAUCCACAGCAGCAGCAAGAAUUGCAGUUGCCACAUCAGCAACAGUUGCCGCCACACAUCAUCAUUCAUCAUCUUGUCAGCUAUCUUUGACUGUUGCUCUUCUCAAUUUGUAGCUUUUACUGCCCAUUAUUUAUUAAGUAUCAGCUUUUAUACUAAACACAGACACAUACUAAAUAUUUAAACACUUGUAAACAGACAUACUAAAUAUUUAAACUCUUGUAGUGAGUUCAUUUGAGGCUGCUUUUUCCUUAUGUUU